AGGCGGCAUCACAACAGCUGACUACAAUAUCACAGGAACCGGAGUUCAACAUCACGCAUCACCACCCGCUGACUUCGACGGAGCGCCUUUUCAUGCCCCCUGAGCUGCUGCCCUUUCAGUUAGGGGGAUGGCCAAGGGAGGAGCAAAGCCCCCCAAGGGGAAGAAGGUCACCUUGAAGGUUGCCAAGACCUGCAUAAAGAUCACCUUUGACGGGAAGCGCCGCCUUGACCUGAGCAAGAUGGGCAUCACGACCUUCCCCAGGUGUAUCCUGAAGCUGGAGGACAUCGAUGAGCUGGACCUCAGCCGGAACAUGAUUAAGAAGAUCCCGGAGGCGAUCGAUAAAUUCCAGAACCUGCGCUGGCUGGACCUGCACAGCAACCAGAUCGAUAAGCUGCCAGAAACCAUAGGGAACCUCCAGAACCUCAUUUUCCUGAACCUCUCCAACAACAAGCUCACCGCCCGCAGCCUGCCCAUGGAGCUCAACCAGCUGAAGAACCUGCGGAACCUUAACCUCGGCCUCAACCACAUCGACAACCUCCCAACCACCCUGGGAGCCCUGAAGGAGCUCCAGGAAGUCGGGGUGUUCGAUAAUCUGCUGACGCUGCUCCCGAACAGCAUCGCCAAGCUCCCUAAACUGAAGAAGCUAAACUCCAAGAGGAACCCCUUUCCUGGCCCCACCGAAGAGGAAAUCUUUAUUGAUAACAUCAAACGCCUUGAGACGCUCUAUCUGGUAGAAGAGAAAGACCUUUGCCCACCGUGCCUGAGGAAAUGCCAAGAGGAGAGGGACAAGCUCAACAAGCUGAAGAACACGGUGCCUGCCUCCCUCAGGAAGCCAAACUUCUCCAACCUCAUGACCCCCAACUCCCUGGCAAAGGAGAACCAGGCUGAGUGGAGGUGAGGAGCCCGGCAGGCCCAUCUGCAGCCGAACCACUCGGCAGUGCAGAGAGUGUGGCCUCCCUUCCUUAGGAACCGUCCAACUAAUAAAACAGCUCUGGGUCACAUAGACCUCCGUGACUCUCACAGACACCUGUCAAUCCACCACGCCUCCCCACAGCAAGAGGCCAGGCUCUAAAAUCUGCUAUCCCCACCUUCCCUCCAGCUGCCCCUGGAGGCCCCUGGAGGCCCCUGGGAACAGACCUCAUGACCUUCCAAUAGGUACCCCAGCCCCGGUGAAGACCUCUCCCCGCUUCUGAUCCAAGAGAGGUGGGCUGAGCCCUUGGGCAGCAGACACAGGAGGCAUCCCAAGGCAGCCCAGUGCUGGAGACCUCCUCCUCCUCCUCCUCCUCCUCUCUCCUGGUUCGCAGAGAAGUUCCCAAGAUGGUUGCAGGCGGGAUGCUGCCAACACCAAAGGGAAGGGCCAACUCUGCGUUUUAGACCCAGGCUAGUUUCCCUUUCCAGUUCCAGACGGAGCUUGGGAAGAAGGGCCGAGGAUGUCCCCUAGGUCCCAAACCUUUCCAGCACUACCAAUACUUAAGAGCCAGAGGGCCGGAGCUAGCAGAACCACAGAGGGCUGAAAUUCAUUCCUCUGGCAAUUCUUGCUCCUGGCUCGAUCCAGUCAGGGCCCAAGGAUCAUUAGAAGGCAACCAGGCUACCUUCUCCAGCACGUCUCUCUUUUGCCCACAGAUCACAUCUUGCACCUCAACACAUGAACAACAAUUGCAAUUAUUUUGGCUCCUUUCAAAAUUCUUUAGAUAUUUGGUCUAAGGAAAAACCUCUGACUCCAUUUUGAAUUUUACUUGACAGAAUAUUUCGGUAACCUUUUGAUUGUGAACCUUUAGCAUCACAUCAAUCACCGAAGGCCUUUUCUUGCCUCGUGCUUGUAAGAGUUAAUGCUGGCAACCUUGGUAAUUGCAUACGGAAAUUACUGUUUAAAUUGUCCUAUUUUAUGCCUGAGCUCAACCCAUAAUGGAGUUUUGCAGUUUCUCUGCAUCUUACAGUGUCAGAUGAAUUAGUACAUUGAGAAUUUCCAAAUGAGUUCCUUCUCUAGCAUUUGAACACGACGUUGGCCAGGACACAAAACAUCCAGAAACUCAGAAGAUGCAUCAAUGCAAGCAGAAUAUAAAAGAGGUUGACAGCCUGGGGGCCUCAGAGAGCAUUCAGGUCAUAAAGAUGGAUCAGAGAUGCCCUUCCCCUAUUUGAGCCACAUGAACGCGACUCUUAAACUUUUAUGGUUCUGGAGAUACUUGGCACAUUUGUGGUGUGAGCAGCUGUCAGGGUUCUUGGGUUACGCUGCCACUAUUCUGGGCAGUCCCUCCUGCCAAUCCCCCUAGGUACACCCAGACCAGGAAAGCAGCUCCAGGAGAGAAGGCUGAAGCUACAUUUUGAGAUUGGCCAUCACGACAGGAGAUCAAAAAUCUAGUUGGGCUGUUUCCUUGCAGUUCAGCGAAUUCACGGGACGUCCGCUCCAGCUGCUUCCUGGGCUUGAAAACGUUUCAGCCCCUUUUGCCUCGGUUCUACCAUAUUCCCACCCAAGUCAUCCCUGAUUCCUACUCCUGUUGAGCCACUUCACAGAGGCCCUGGG